AUGGAGCUGAGCAUCACGCCAAUCACGCCAAUCACACCGAGACAAGGCGAGAGAGGGAGGGAGCAGCACAAAGGGGCGGCGACGCUUCCGCAGUCCUUUUUCAGUCCUUGGCGCUUUGCUUUCAGCCGUGCGGAUCUUCGUGUCGACUCGUCCGCGGUCUGGCUCAGUCAUCCUGACUCAGCAGGGCCAUUUGCUCCACUCUUGCAAAGCAUCGGCAACGCUCCGAUUCGGCUUGCGCUGCUGCUCCUUGGCCAUCAUCACCGCCAAAACGCGCCCCCAUCAUCCGCAAAGCGCCCAAACGCGAUGCCCGCCAGUGCGAGUGCCGUCGCAGGUCCGUCGCGACCAUCCGCCUCGGCCUCGGCUUCGGUGCCGCUCACCAAAAACGCCAGGCGACGUCUCAAGAAGAAGCAGCAAAAGGAGGAACCAUCGCAACCGCAACGGCAGCGCUCUCCGGACGUCGACAACACCAUCACCAACGGCUCAUCGCUCAUCGACGACGCCUCGGAACUGCGCAUCGAUGCCGACUCGGAAGCCUACCGCGCCUUUUCCAAUGUGCUGGCUCGCUACCAGCCCACCGCGCUUGCCGAUGCAGCCCAACCGUCCAAAGGCGAGAUCCUCUACUCGGACGACGACGUAUCCUCUGCGCACGAUUCCGACGACGACGACCCCUCCACCCCCGCAGUCCUCUCAAAACGCAAGCACAAGAAGCUGCAGCGUCUGAGCGUAGCCGAGCUCAAGCAGCUAGUUCGUCGGCCCGAGGUGGUCGAAUGGACCGACGUCACCUCCUCCGACCCUCGUCUGCUGGUCCAUCUCAAAUGCGUGCGCAACUCGGUGCCCAUCCCACCGCACUGGGCAACCAAGCGCGACUACCUCCAAAACAAGCGCGGCAUCGAGAAACCCGCCUACCGCCUACCCACCUACAUCGCCGACACGGGCAUCGCCACCAUGAAGGACGCGCUCAAGGAAAAGGAGGCCGAGCAGUCGCUCAAGCAAAAGACGCGCGAACGCAUGCAGCCCAAGAUGGGCAAGCUCGACAUCGACUACAAUCGCCUCUACGACGCCUUUUUCAAGUUCCAGCACAAACCCUCCCUCACCCCUUACGGCGACACCUACUACGAGGGCAAAGAGUACGAGACCAAGUACAAGGACAAACGUCCCGGUCAGCUGAGCGCCGAACUCGUCGAGGCACUCAGCAUUCCGCCGCUGGCACCACCGCCGUGGUUGAUCGCCAUGCAGAGGUUCGGUCCGCCACCGAGCUACACGCAUCUGCAGAUCCCCGGCUUGAAUGCGCCGCUACCCGAAGGUGCGCAGUGGGGCUUUCAUCCAGGUGGAUGGGGUAGACCGCCCGUCGACGAGUACGGCAAUCCGCUCUACGCCAACGUGCUCGCCACCCAAGACGCCGUCGAUGCCGACCUGGUCGAUGUUGUAGAGAAAGAACACUGGGGCCAGCUCGAACCGGAAGAAUCCGACCCGGAGCAAGAAGCCGACGACGACGACGAGCCCGAGCCAGAAGAGCAGGAGGAAGAAGCCGAGCCCGAGGAUAUGUCCGGUGUUGAAUCGGUUGCUACUGGAGCGGGAGUUGAGACACCAUCGUUUUUGGAGCUGCGCAAAGACUCGCGGCUGGACACUACGCCCGCACCCGCACGCUCACUCUACACUGUGCUACCGGAGCGGGCGGCAUCUUCAUCCGGCCAGCUUUUGGGUUCGGAGCGCGUGUACGACAUUCCUUCGCAUGCGCCAGUAUUGGGCGAGGAGAGGGGGAGGAAACGUGCUGCUGAUGCGGUGGAUGUGGCUGUCAACCCGGACGACCUCGAUGGGCUGGACAAGGCGAGUUUGGAACAGCGCUACGAGCAGCGCAAUCGCGAACGUGCCGAUGCCAGGUACGAUACAGAGGGUGUCGCGCAGAUGAGAGAGGAGAUGCAGCGAGAGCGCCAACACGAGCAGAGACGCAAAGCAAGUCGCAAAGCGUAA